AUGGGGAGAGGAAGGCUUAAGGUGAAGUUGAAGGGGAAGGGAAGGAUUAGGAUGAAGUUGAAGGAGACGAAGAAGGUGAGAGAGCUCUGCGAUUUUUGUGGAUUCUCCAGCAGCAGCAGCAUUUUACGGUAUUAUUAUGAACAAAGGUCACACGAACCAGAUCACAAAGCAGUAAUGUCUAUGGAGAAGGAACUCAAGAGAUUACGGCUUGUGACCAGGAGAAUGACGUGUAAGGAUCUCGACGGUCUGACUUUCCCCGAGUUGCUAUUACUUGAAGGCCAUCUAAAGUCUGUUUUGCUCAUUGUCAAGGACCAAAAGGAGAAGACAAAGCUGAAAGAAGAUGAAAGGCUGCUCAAACAGAAUGACGCAAAGGGUAUGGGGAGAGAGGUUUCUGUUCCCUGCAAAUCCUCUACAAGCAGCGCGGGAGAGAGACAAGAUGAUGAAGGAACACCGCUGUCGCGAAUGCAGAGAGAAUUCGAGAGACGUAAAAAUGAAACCAUGCUGAUGGAAUACGAGAGACUAUGGCAAUUCAAAGAGAGAUUGAAUGGUAGAGAGCUCGACGGUAUGAAUUCUGCCGAGCUGCUCUUACUUGAAAUUGAGAUACAACUUGGAUUGGUGGAUUUGCAUGAUCAUAAGUUUGCACCAGCAAUGGAAGAAAAGCUCAGAAGAUCACGCCAAUGA